AUGCGCCUCGCCCACCUCCACUUCCCCGACAUAACCUCCUUCACCCGGGUCGCCAACCUCCAACAAACCCUGACCAGCCGCCUCCUCUCCCACAAAAAGCACCUCACCCCGAACCCUCCGGACCCAACCAUCAUAACCUUCACCCCGAAUCCCGUCUACACGACCGGACGCCGCGACCUCCCGCCCUCCAACACCAGCCACCCCACCACCAACACCAACACCACCACCAACAGCAGCAGCAGCAGCAAACUCUCCCUCCCCCCCUCCCUCGAACCAAUCCGCUCACUCCUAAUCCCACCCCGCACAAACCCAAACCCAAUUAUCCCCCCCACCAAAGUCGCAGAAUACCACCCCACGCUUCGCGGCGGGCAAACGACCUACCACGGCCCGGGGCAAAUGGUCGCAUACACGAUCCUGGAUCUCCGACGACUGGGCCUCACCCCGCGCUGUCAUAUUCGGUUAUUAGAGAAUAGUGUGAUUGAGGUGUUGGGGCGGUAUGGGGUCCGGGGAAUGGUGACGGAGGAUCCGGGCGUGUGGGUGAAUCCGGAUGGGAAAGACGGGACGGUUCCGAGGAAGAUUACGGCGGUGGGGGUGCAUUUGCGGAGACAUAUUAGUAGUUAUGGGAUUGGGUUUAAUGUCACGGAGGAGCCGAUGUGGUGGUUUCGGCAGAUUGUGGCGUGUGGGUUGGAGGGGAGGGAGGCGACGAGUUUGCGGGGGGUGGGGGUCGAGGGGGUGAGUGUGGAUGAGGUUGCGAGGCAGUUUGUCGGGGCGUUUGUGGGGAGGGUGAAUCGGGAUUUUGCUUGUGGGGAGGGAGCUAGGGGGGAGGGGAUUGAGGAGGUGUAUAGUGUCACGGAGGAGGAUUUACUACGGGAGUAG